AUGCUGGCUUACUACCACGAUAAUCUCUCAUGCGACCGUCACCAGGAAACGACAGACGACGUCAACUGUACCUCCUCUCGACCUGUAUCGAACGAGGUCCUCAACGCUUUGAAGUAUCGCAUAUAUCCCAAGUACUCACAGUCGCAGUCACCCGUAGACCGGUUCAAAUCGAUAUCCCAAGAGCUCGGAUUUCCUUGGGAGUGUGAGCUCCUCAGAUUCGACGUAACACAGUCCGACAUGGAGAAGGGUGUGAAGGAAAUGGUGGAUUAUUAUACGAGGGAAAGGGUUAUCGAGCCCUACGAUGUUCUAUGGAUGUUCACACACGGAAACGCGUGUCUCGACGUUGAAGAACCCUGGACGAAAUCCACAAUCCAUCUCACCAUCAGCGAAGGCGAAUCGGUUUUAAUUCCCGCUGGCGCAUACCAUCACUAUACCCUCAACAUUCACCCCGAGAAUGAUAUUAGAAUGUGGGGGAUGUACAAGACAUCGGAUAAGUCGGUUUUGGAGGCUGAUUUACCACCGUUAAUAUUCGGGGAAGAGGCCGAGCAGCAUCCAGCGCGGAAAGUUUACCUUGAGAGUGUCAGAACGUGA